UGGACCCGCGUCCCCGCCACACAACCAUAACACAACGUAUAAUAAGCAAGCUGAAGUUUGAAAUGACUUCACUUCUUUGGAGAGCCAGCAAUAUACUUGGCAACCGCUUGGCUCACGUGACACGCAAAAUGACGCCCCUGACUCUUGUGCUCUGCGGACCCUCAGGAGUUGGAAAAUCUACACUGCUGAAUAAGCUGCUGGAUGAGUUUGGUCCUCAUUUUGGGUUCUCUGUAUCUCACACAACACGCUCCCCGAGGGAGGGAGAGGAACACGGCAAGCACUACUAUUUUGUCACCAGGCAGGAGAUGCAAUUAGCUAUUGACGAUGGAAACUUCAUUGAACAUGCAGAAUAUUCAGGAAACUUGUACGGGUCGAGUAAAAGUGCCGUAAACGAUGUCCUGAAGAGUGGGCGUAUAUGCAUCUUGGAUAUCGACACUCAAGGAGUCAAGCAAGUCAAAAAUACUGAUCUCCGAGCUCAGUUUGUUUUUAUUAAGCCACCAUCGAUUGAGGUUUUGACUAAAAGAUUACAAGGUCGUGGCACAGAGACGGAAGAAAAGUUAAAUAUACGACUUGCUACUGCCAUAGAAGAGUUAGAGUAUGGAGCAGUUGAGGGUAACUUUGACAUAGUGAUUGUAAAUAAUGAUGUUGAUGAAGCUUAUCAACAACUCAGAGAGUUUAUUCUUCCAGCAAUUAAUGAGAAAACUGAUGAUUAAUCUUGAGGAAGUGUCUCAAAUACAUAUACAGUACUAGUAGUAAGAAAAUUCCACAUGCUUUAAAAUUAACAUCAGUGAAAUUAGAUAAAAAUGUUAUAUUUUGAAGAAAGCCAUUAAUUGUCUGCUUGCCAGUGUAAAAUUAUUAUAAGAACAUAAGACAGUAAUAAUUAACGAAGGUGCAGAGGACCUAUUGACCUGCACGAGUUGCCUCCUAUUUAUGUCCAACCAAACUCACUCAAAUAUAUAUCUAACCUAAGCUUGAAACAAUCCAGUGAUCCCGCAACUCUUAUGUUACCCGGAUCUUGAAUACGUAUCUUGCCACAAGCUUUAAAGUAAAGAAAUUGUUACGUAGUGUUAAAUUCAGUUUGCAAAGUGUUACUGUCGCCUGUUAAUUCCACAUAUGGUAUUUAAAUAUCUUUGUUGAAUAAUCACCUUCACUCAUAUUGGGCCAAGUCCAUAAUGCUACCAGUUGAUGCAGCCACGUGGUACUUUCUUUCCUUCUUUUUAUUAUCAUCAUUAUUAUUAUUAUAAUUAUUAUUAUUAUUAUCAUUAUUACUGUAUUAUUUAUUAUUUGUUUAUAAAUACUGUAUAGAUAACCUUAUAUUUUCUUAGAAGUGACACUUUGAUAUAUACUGUAUAUACUCGUCAAAGUAUCUAUUAAAUAGAGUACAAUAUUUACAAUGCAGAUAUUAUGAAAUGAAGUAAAGGUAGUACAGUUGCACAAUAGGAUGAGUUAACUUAAUUCCCUCCCCUCUUUCUCUUUCUCUCUUUUCCUCUCCAUCUUUCUCUCUGCAACUAUAAUCUUCUUUUGAUUAUAGAGUGAAAGAAAUCCCUCCCCCAAUCCAAUAUAGGUCAGUAAAACGGUAGGGAGAUUUGCUGUAACCUAAGCAUUAUACUGUUGCUGGACGGCUGACGUUGUGCCUCAGUUGGAUGUUGUUUGAGUGACUUGAUUAUUCCUGGAACAGCUUACAUACAACUAUGACACCAACAUUUUUGUUUACUGGCAAGACCAAUAUAAACUUUUGACAUCAUUGAGAGCUCUCUGGAACUUCCUGGAACUGUCUAGUGAAGUGUUCAUGAACUACUUUCAUUAGAACAGUGAAGCAUUUUGAAUACUGGUAACAAUUAAGCUGUGACAUUUUAACAUUGUGUACAGUGGAACAUAGAGAACAAUAUUAUUGUACAAAGUGUUAGGUACACCAGACAGAUUAUGUCAAGGCUCUCACUGGCUGCAGCUACUGAUAUACUUUACAUACACACUAACACUUGUGCAGUUUCUACUGCACCAAUUGUUCCUUAAUUUUGCCAGGUGUCAGUUGAACACAUUUUGUUUUUAACUAUAUUUUGAAUGAUAUUGAGCCAUGUAAUAUAUAGUAUACAUGGUUAGUAGUAAAGAGCAAUUUUGAGCACAGUGUUUAAUAAUAAUAUGUAGGCAUGCAUGAAAGUGUGCUAUGUCACCGUGCAGUAAAAUGCAACAUUUGAUAUUACACGCAGAAAUCACAAUAGCAUGAUAUAUCAAUAAACAAAUCCAUAAGGGCCGUGAUGAAGGUUGCAAUUCUUUUAACCAUGUUAUGGCAUAUAGUCGACUAAGGUACAUCUGGGAUCAUCCCGGACGCAAGUUCGAAUCCUCAUCAUGGCCCUUGUGAAUUUGUUGAUUGAUAUUGGUUCCCUUGGAAGUAGAAGAACUCUUAGAAACAACUACAGGUAAACUACAGAUAAGAUUUGUAUGUGGCAGUGAUCAUUUUGGUAGUAUCUAGAUUAGUGUGAGUAAUGGUGCCUGCAUGCAGACAUUAUCUAGAGGCACACGUGGUCAUAUCCUCCGAGUUUCUAAGUUUUGAGGCUUGAGUUACACAUUUAACUGCCCAAUUAUGGCAAAAGUCUAAUUUUAAACAAUAUUUACUGCUUUACAUGAGGACAUUAUUGUGUGAUGUUAUUGUCUAAGCCAAGGGUAUUUGCUCAUAAUGUACUGUGUGUUUAAUUGCCAACGAUGGCAAUGACUUGCACUUCAGAUAGUUGAGCAGCCUAUGUUAAUAAUGAGAUUCUUAGGGUGGAGUAUUUUCCUCUAUUUCACAGUACUCUCAUUAGAUGAUAAAUGAUAUUUUAAUUUACAAGCUUUAAAUGCCUUAAUUUAAGUUACUUAGGUGAGCACCAGGUAUAAUGUGUCCAUAUAAUGUGUGUAACUCACUCACCCCUGGAUGACUUGAUGAUAAGUUUUCUCUAGUAUGAUACAGUAUAUCUACAUCAUAACUUAACUCUCAUACUGUUUAUUGAGAUUUCUCGGCCUCCUCUCGUGGAUGCACUUGUUCUCAGCACUGAGAUUGUUGUGUGUGGUAGUGGUGCUUAGAUGCAGGUACUCAGUAGUAGCAAGACUGAACAUUACAUGCUUGUUGGGAAGAACUUGCUUGCUCCCUCCAUGGGCAAAAUGUUUGGUUUGAGUCAAAAUUGUUUUGCUUAAUUUUGAUUCAAAAUAGUUUUGAUAUGAAAAUGCCACAGUUGAUUGAUGGACCAAUGCUAAAAUAUUUAAUUAAGCUAUCUAUAUUUUAAGUACAGUACAAUGUAUACCUUAAGGUGUAGCUUUCCUCAGUGCGUGAGGAAAGCUUGUGUGUGUGUGUGUGUGCGCACAAGUGUGUGUGUAUUCUCAAAGGACCAAACAUGUAUAGUUAUGGUUCAUUGCCUGCUCACUUCAUUGCUAAUUUUUCCAUGUAAAUGAUAUUGUAAUUUAAAUAGAAUUUUAAUUUAUCUAAAUUGUUACUUAUUGGUUAAUAUUUUAAACUAAUAGGUUUUGUUUUUUAUGAAGGCAUUUAUAUGAAAGUAAAUGUAGAAGGCUUGUUACUCUAUUAUUGCAUUUGUGUUCUUGUUUGUUUUAUGGCAUGAACUCGGGUGUACUUCAAAUGGCAGUUUUACAAUUGAUUUUUGUAUUGUCUUGACAAAGAUUUUAAUAAAAUUUAGGGAUUAAUGAAUAUCCAUAAUUAUAUCCCAUCAUGCAACUACACCAAUAGUGUAUCGACAACAGCUGAAGUUCCUAUACAAUACGGUGUUAAGGUUCUACAUUUUAUCACAUUGGGAACAACUUGAUCUUAAGAACAGCUCAUCAGCCUCCUCCCCCCCCCCCUCCCCUCACUGUAGACCCCUCUACCUUUGAUUUAUUUAGCUGGAAAAGGGGUGCAGGAUGCCUUUGGUUUGUGGUUUCAAUGUAUCUUGUAAUGUCUUCAAUAGUUUCAGAUAGAGAGGAAAUGUUGGGAAGGGCACGUGUGGGGGUGAACAUCUGGUAUGAUUAGUAAGUGGUGAGUAGUAUGUGGUAAGAAGACUUUAGAUUUAUAAAUGGGGAAGUGGCCUAGGUAUGUGACUGGAUUUUCAUUGUACUGCACCUCUACUGCCACUGGAGGUACUGGGUUAUGUAGAUAUGGGAGUCAUGGCGAUGGAAGUAGGAGGGUGGCGAAGGCGGAUUAGGAGAAAGGGUUGUAUAUCCAGCCCGUCCUGAGGUUUCCCAACGUCAAGAAAAUGGUCAAUUUAAAGUAUCCUUUCCUAACCUACCAGAGGACCUAAAACAAAAAACGGGACAGUACGUCACUUAUGCGAGCUGCUUCCAUUUUCUAGUACGACAAUUUUUGGUCUUGUGUAACGCAUACGAUCGAAAAGCGACAUUCUUUGUAGGAAGACAGGUUGGUAUGUGUGGAAGACAGUCUACAAGAUCACUUCUGGCAGCAGAAUCCGGUGUAGUAGUGGACAGUGAAUUUCUAGUUGUCAUAGGAAUGAGUUACCAAAAUGAAUUUGAAGUUGGAUAUUACCUGAAUAGGCGAUCAAGUGUGUCCUACAUUCAGUGCUACAGUAACAUGUAUUACAUUAUUGAAAAGGCCUGGAUUUUUAAUUGCACUCAUUUUCCUCCUACCACAAGGGCCUUGUGGUAGGAGGGGGACAUUGGGACAACAUGGGUGGUGAAGUGGGAUAGUAAAAAAUAGCAUAUGCCGGUCACCAUUAAGAAGGAUGGCACAUAAGAAACCAUCUAUUUUUUGCUGCCUUAAAUUUAUAAUUACUAUACUAUACUGUACUGUACUUUUCAUCCAUUCACUCUCUUAAUUUGUGCCUACAUUUUUUAAAGUCUUCUGUAUUUUAUUUCAAAAACAUGUUUUUAAUCCAGAUGAGAUGUUGGCAGAAGGCAAACUGCUUCACCUUCAUAUUAUGAAUUGUUAACUUCAAAUGUAAAAUAAAAAUAGACAUAAAACGGGUACCAAACAAAAA